GGCCAAAGCCCAAAGCCGAAGUCGAUAAACAAAUACCCAGGACCAAACCUUCCAGACGGAGACGCAUUGCCGGUGCCAGAGCGAUAGAGUUGCUGGUUGCAGACGGAAAGCAUGAAAUUCACUGACUCACCGGUAAUUGAACUCCCAGUUCGCGAUGCUUUACUUUCCAUCCAGCAAGACAACGGGUCUAUGCACGUCGGCACUUCCGUUUGGCCCUGUUCUUUAGUCCUCGCCAAGUUUGUCGAACGAUGGGCACCACCCCAACCCACGAUCCAACCCUCCGAAAAAAACCCCUACUCUGGUCUCCUCGACUUCCGCACGUCCCGACGCCGCGCCAUCGAGCUUGGUACCGGAUGUGGAGCCGCUGGCAUGGCAUUUUACCUCCUGGGACUAACCGACAUCGUCCUCACAGACAUUUCCCCGGUCAUGCCAGCACUCAAACACAACCUCAAACGUAACAAGCCUGUUCUGAAGAAAGCCCUAAAAACCUCGGUCUUAUACUGGAAUAAUCAAGAUCAAAUCAAAGCCCUGAAUCCACCGUUUGACGUGGUGAUUGCGGCGGAUGUCGUUUACAUAGAGGAGUCUGUGGGCCAGCUUGUGGGGGCCAUGGAGUCCCUCAUGGCUGACGACGGUGUGGUGUUGUUGGGGUAUCAGUUAAGGUCGCCGGAGGCCCACAAGUUGUUCUGGGAAUUGUCUGAGAAAGUUUUUGAGAUUGAAAAGGUGCCUCAUGAACAUUUGCAUCCUGAUUAUGGGUACGAGGAGACUGAUGUUUAUAUCUUCAAGAAGAAGAAGAAGGAGGAAGUAGAGUAAAUUUUUGGUAACUGUAUUUCAAUUUUCAUUUUACCGAGUAAUAUAUAACGCACUUAUUUGGGCAAUGUUAGAUAUGCUCUGUUGGAUUAGAUUGUAAACUUUGGGUUCAUGAUGGUUAAGCUUGUUACAGAAUAUGUGCGGCUCUUCCAUUGUGUUGAUUGAAGAGUUGAGAUUUGUUAUUAUUAUUACUACUUGUUAUGGGUUGAGAGUUUUGGUUAAAAUAAAUAGAAUAGUUUUAAGCUUCA